AGCAGGAUUGUUGCAAUGCCUCUUGACGGGCCAGUAGGUACGCUGAACGCAGAAUGCCUUGACGGCAACGGUAUAUCUGCGCUUUUUUCCUGCCACAAAGCCCACAUUUUAUCUGCGUUAACCUCCUGUUGCGGUGUGGAAUUUUCUUCGGCGAACGUAGGGGUCCGGAAAACCACAAACAAGUGCAACUGGCCACUCAUACAUCGAAGCUACGGUUGUACGACGCUUCGUAGCAACAAACCAACCGACCAACCAAACUGCACCUUGAAUCUAGAAACUUCGUCUGCUAAUGAGCCGAAUUAGCUUCUGAGAGUCAGCUUAUAACAGCCUACAACAUCCACGUCAACGGUGUGCUUCACUGUCGGGUACGCUACAGUCAACUUCUUGGCCUCCACGAACAGAUAAAGAAAGAAUAUGGCAGCAAUGUGGUGCCUGCCUUCCCCCCAAAGAAGAUCUUCACACUGACCCCUGCCGAGGUCGAACAGAGACGAGAACAGCUGGAGAAAUACAUGCAGGCUGUCCGUCAGGAUCCUUUGCUUGGAGCCAGCGAGAUGUUCAACAGCUUCUUAAGGAAAGCACAGCAGGAGACCCAGCAGAUUCCCACAGAAGAGGUUGCUCUAGACAUCUGCCUCUCCAACGGUCAGAAGGUUACAGUCAACAUUCUGACCUCGGAUCAGACGGAGGAUGUCCUUGAUGCUGUUGCAACGAAGCUUGACCUCCCAGACGAGCUUGUCGGUUACUUCAGUCUGUACCUGGUCCGUGAAGGCGUCGAUGGAAGUUUAACAUUUGUCCGGAAGCUACAGGAGUUUGAGCUGCCUUACGUUUCCAUUACCAGCUUGCGGAGCUCCGAGUUUCACAUAGUGUUACGGAAAAGCUACUGGGACAUGGCGUAUGACAGUGAUGUCAUGGACAACAGAGUUGGGCUGAAUUUGCUCUACGCCCAGACAGUGUCUGACAUCGAGCGGGGCUGGAUACUCGUCAACAAAGACCAGCACAGGCAGCUGAAAUCCCUGCAGGAGAAAGGCUCCAAGAAAGAAUUCAUUCAUCUAGGUCAGACGCUCAAAUAUUACGGCUACAUCAAGUUCGACCCUUGUAUCACCGACUUCCCCGAGAAGGGCUGCCAGGUCAUCGUCAGCGCCGGCAACAACGAGCUCAACUUCCACGUCAAGCUGCCCAACGAGCAGAUGAAAGAGGGAAGCUUCAAGGUCACGCGCAUGAGGUGUUGGCGAGUCACUUCUUCUCAAGUCCCAAUAGCCAACGGUACAACCAACCCCUGCAGCUCGGCCAAAUGCGAGGUCAAACUGGAGCUGGCCUUUGAGUAUCUGAUGAGCAAAGACCGUCUGCAGUGGGUCACCAUCACCAGUCAACAGGCUAUCAUGAUGAGUAUCUGCCUUCAGUCUAUGGUGGACGAAUUAAUGGUGAAGAAGUCUGGUGGCAGCAUAAAAAAGCUGCUGAGGAAACGACACAACGGCUCCAUCCACCGGCCCGACAGUCAGCAAGCUGUGAAAUCUCCCCCUCUACUGGACUCCCCAGACCCAAACCGUGAACAAAUUGUCAAACUCUCAACCAAGCUGAGCUCGGUGUCUCUCAGAGGGAUCAGCGCCUCCAACUCUGCAAACGACAUCAGCGGCAACGACUUCCAUGGCAACUACGCUUUCGAAGGGAUCGGGGACGACGACCUGUAACCCUUCGCCCACAUUCAUCCCCGUUUCAUUCCAACUGUUGACAACCGGGACGACAAAGAUUCGGAGCCGAGCCGAGCGGUCUGCACAGGCGUCCACUUCUGCAAGAUUGUAGCUUCUUCCUGGAGAAAUCGCUGCCUUAAGCUCUCGUUUAACCUUCGACCGUCGCCGUUUUCUUUUAGACUCUGAAGGCUCGUCUCGAUUUUUAGUUCCAAUCGCCACAUUCAGACUUUGUCCUCCCCUCAUUGUGUUUAUCAAAGUCGUGGAAACUACAUGAAGAAAACCCGAAAGAUCUCUCCGGAUUCUCUCCUCAGUGGCUUGCAUGUUCUUUCCCAAGCAGAGAGCCAAAUAGUUUAGUCAGACCUGGCACUAGUGACGACAUAACGGAACUGGAGACAGUUCUCGACGUGAGCCGGCGAAAUUCCAGCGAAUGUGUUGAAAUUUAUCACAAAACUGUAGACGGUACAGAGCAACUGCUUACGUAUGAUCGACGUUCGGCUUGGCUAGAUACCAAAACGCAAUGUUUUAAUAACGUCCUCCGUGUGCUGCGCUGUUUGUUCGCUAAGUUAGCAAAUGUCCUCGCGGUGUUUUUCAGCUUCGAGCCACUCACAUUGCCUUCAGGAGUAGUCCGAUGCCUUAACCUUUCCUUAGUUCUCGACAUGGGUUGCAUCGCCACUCGACACAACGCGGGUUCGAACUAAACAUUUGCAUCUUCCGGCGUUAACUAGAAUCUUGCAGAACUUGAUUGAUGGUCGAUUUGGCUGAGCCGCUUGCACUCGCUGAACCCAUCAUUUUGCACAGUAUUACAGGUGGAGGUGAAUGUUUGGGGGGCGGCUCUGUAAAUCCAUCUCUGAUUUAUUUUUAACCAAUUUUUUAAGGUUUCUCAUAAAUGCCAAAUUAUAGUUUACUAAAGCAUUUUGCACAAAAUAAACAAAAAAUUAUGACAAUGUCACUUUUUAUAUUAUGUACAUUCAAUUAAGUAUUCUGAACAUUUACUAAUAUCUUUUAUCAGCAUAGCUUGUAAUCGAAUAGAUCAAAUGUAAUCUAAGCCGUACGGAACAAAGUCGAAAUGGAUCAACAUUUAUCAUGUUUACAUAAUGUUUUAGGGGACUUUUUUUUAGUUAAAAUGGAAAGUGUUUACAAAUUGUUUUUUGCAUCUGAUUUUCUUCGUCUUGUUUUUGGGGAGCACUACUCUUGCGGGGCUUCAGCUCGGUGUAAUUCGUACGUACGUUGUGCCAAUCAUCUCAGAGGAUUUAGUCGAACACGGUGCUUUGGUGAAAUGUGAUCACAAUUGCUGGAGUGAGUUUAGUUUGUAGACGGCAGGCAACAAAAUGAACAUAUCCCACUGUUUUAUAGCACAUGGCAUUCCAGUUUUCUUGCUCUUAUUUCAAAAAACAAAAAGCUGCAUCUCAGCACAUUAUGAAGCCUCUAAAUGUAAAUCAGUGCCAACCUAGCAACAGCUUUACUCUCGCUGGUAGCAAACAAAAUGUUCUCUAUCUUGUUCUUUCACUGCUGUGAUUCUUUUAGAGUAGGGAGGAGGAUGUGGACACCACCAGCCUUUUUUAUUUUAUUUUCUCUUGUUCCUGUCAAAACCAAGUACACAAAGCUACAAGGUCCUGGAUGUUAAGUGUGUAGGUGCCAAAUUCCACUUUUAAAGUAAUUGUCAAAUUUCAUGAGCGUUGUACUGACUCUGUUAGUUCCACUAACGUCCUCGUUGAUUUUAGUGGUUCAGAUCAGUGACAGCUGUCUGCUCUGUUUGUCAUGAUGCUAAAAUAAACUCUGAAAUUCA